CUUGUGCUUGAUACUAUACACGAGGUUUUCACUCGUUGCUAUUUUUUAUUUUUUUUGUGUAAUUUGUGUAAACAAUAUUAGUCAAAUGGAAACGAAAAUGGAAACAGAAGUAGAAAAAAAUAUGUUGUCAACAUAUAUCGAGAAAAGAAUUGAAGAAUCAUUGUUCAUAAAAAUGUUGGAAAAUUCCGAGACUACCGACGUGAGUGUUUAUGUCCAAGAAAAUUUGUCAAAGGUGACCAUGAAAAAAUGGAAAACUGUAUUGGAGCAAUACACAAGAGAUGCCCAGAAGACUGAAAGAAAAUGUUCCCUGAGUAAAAUCAUCAAAUGCGUCCUGGAGAGUUUUCAGUAUAACAAAAUUAACAAUUUUCAAAAAUUUUUCGAUAAGUAUAUGGAUUUAUUUGGAGAAUUGCUUCCUCAAGCUCUGCAACAGUAUCUUCAAGUAAAUGAUGAUGUAAAACCUCAUAAAUCUGAAUCGUUCAAAACUAUCGAAAAGUCUCUAAAGAUAUAUUUCAUCAGUUUGUUGAAGGCAGCAGCAAAAGAAGAUAAACUCCAAAGUUUAGACUUUUUCUCCCACUUGUUGGAAAUGUUACCUUUUGUUGAAAGUUUUUCUGAAUUACACGAACCUAUUCUGUGUAUCGUAUUAGCACACUGGGAUGUCGAUUCAGAAUUUGAAAUAUUGUUGGAGGUUGAAAAGUGUUUAAUUGCAAUUCUAUCAAAUCAAAAAUUCAAUGUUGAUGUAGAAUCCUUGUUCGAGGGUAUGUUAGUGAAGUACACAAAAUGUAAAGAAUUUGCAACUCAACUAAGCACUGACGAAGAUAUUGAAAGCUAUUUUGCAGUAAUGAAGAAUAUGAAAAAUUUUAUGGUGCAAUAUUUUCUACUUCAAACUGACAUAACUUACAAAAUAGCUUUCACUCAUCUUCUGCACAUGGGAAAAAUGAUCGAUGAAGCUCACUUACAACCAGCCAAACAUUAUCAAGAUAUUUACAACUGGGCGUACAUUAGCAAGUUAGAAAUUUUUUCUGAAGUAGCCUCUAAGGCACAGGAACCAUCAACUUUACGUCAACUCAUUGACCCAGUAUCACAAAUGAUAGAGAAAGUUAUAAGGCUUAUGCCUAGUGUAAAAUUUUAUCCUCUGAGAUUUCACUGCAUUAAAAUGCUGAUAAAUAUUUGUAAAAAUGCUCAAGUAUAUUUCCGAAUUUAUCCAUUCCUGACAGAGGUACUGGAAAAAUUCGAUUUCAAUAGAACAGUAAAAAGUCCACGAUGGGAACCAAUGUCGCCAUGGAUUCUUUUAACCAGAUUGCAAUCUCCCUCGCGCCACGAAGAUGUCGAAGAUGCAUUCAGGGACGCCGUGGUCAACGUAAUUUACGAAUUGAUUCUGGAAUUCGCACAAUCUCAAAGCCAUUGCUGCUACUUCCCGGACGCGGCUAUUCACGUUCUUCACAAACUCCAGAUCUUUCUGGAUAGAUGCGAAACUCCGCUCUAUACGGAAAAAAUGAAACAGCUUCGCGACAAGAUCAUAGAAAAUUGCCAGUUUAUCGUGGAGAACAGGAGCAACGUCACUCUCAGCCUCACGGACAUGCAUAAAAUACUGUCUUGGGAGUCGCACAUAAAAAAUUCUGGCACAACGCUGAACGCUUUUGCAAAUCAGCGAAUAAAGAAAGGGAAGAAUUACCUACCGUUGUAAUAUCCAAAUCUCACGUACAGAGUAAGUCGCUGAAUUAGGUGUAGAAAGUUAUUGACAAUUAAUGGUGACAAUCAUUGUUCAUCGAUAGCUAACAUUUAGUUAUCAUACAUGUAAAUUAAUUUUUUUAUGACUGUUGAUCGAGUGUACAAUAUUUUAUAUUAAUAUUGAU